GCCGCCGUCUUUCGCAUGUGUAAUUAAAUCGUGACAAAAAAAUUUUACUGAGUUAAUAAUGUGAAAAGCGUAUAUAUAUAUGUAAGUGUUUAAGUAAUUUAACUUUAAACAGACAGCUAAAAUGUAUUGUGCGAGUGAUAAACCUAUACCCCGUGUGUCAUCUUCGCAAUCUUCCAAGAAUGUCAAAGAUGGCGUGACAAUGAGGGAGAAGAGGGGGGGUGCUCUAAGCAAAAUGCAAAAGCUCAGGAAACGCCUGUCCCUUAGCUUUGGUAGAUUAUCUACAAAAGACGAGUCGGAAGGCGAGGGUGACCUGCGGCGGCAGAACGGCAGCGGGCGGGGGAAACUCACGUACAACGGCUACUCCGAGGAGUGCCUCGACAGGCUAGAGCCCAACGGCAACAUACCUAAUGAUAAAGAUUCACAUUAUGAAUGGAGCGACGGCACCGGCAACGGCGAGUACCGAGUGCGGCGGCAGCUCUCCGUGUCGUCGGACUCCAAGCUGCUGGACGAGGGGGCGCGGGAGGACGCCGCCGUGGUCAUGCGGCCCAAGCGGCCCCCCAGACCCAAGUCCGAGGCCUUCCUCGGCCCGUCAGAACACUCUAACCGUCGCACCAAGCGAUUUAGUGCCUUUGGGGGUGACUCUCCGUUCGGGAAGUCGGAGGCGUACAUCAAGCUUGAGCAGCUCGGCGAGGGCUCGUACGCGACUGUAUUUAAAGGAUAUAGCAAUUUAACGCAACAAGUGGUGGCGCUGAAGGAGAUCAGACUGCAGGAGGAGGAAGGCGCGCCCUUCACGGCGAUACGCGAGGCGUCGCUGCUCAAGGAGCUGAAGCACGCGAAUAUCGUCACGUUACACGACAUCGUGCACACGCGGGAGACGCUCACCUUCGUCUUCGAGUUCGUGGACACUGAUCUCUCACAAUACAUGGAGCGGCAUCCUGGCGGACUCAACAAGCACAACGUCCGGCUGUUCAUGUACCAGCUGCUGCGGGGGCUGGCGUACUGCCAUCGCCGGAGGGUGCUGCACAGGGACGUGAAACCCCAGAACCUGUUAAUCAGCGCACACGGCGAGCUGAAGUUGGCGGACUUCGGGCUGGCGCGUGCCAAGUCCGUGCCCAGUCACACGUACUCCCACGAGGUGGUCACGCUGUGGUACCGCCCGCCAGACGUCCUCCUCGGCAGCACGGAGUACAGCACGUCGCUGGACAUGUGGGGCGUGGGCUGUAUAUUCGUGGAGAUGCUGAGCGGCGUGCCCACCUUCCCCGGCGUCAGGGACACCAACGACCAGCUCGAUAAGAUCUUCAAGGUACUAGGAGCGCCCUCCGAAGACAGCUGGUCGGGUGUAUCCCGGCUACCGGGUUACCGACAGAACGCGGCGCGCUGGGCGUCGUUCGCGCCCCGUCCCCUCUCCGCGCCCUUCCCUCGGCUACGCGAGGCGGGGCGGGAAGCGCAGCGUCUCGCGGCGGCGCUGCUGCAGCCGGACCCGACGCGUCGUCUCGCCGCCCCCCGCGCGCUGUCACAUGACUACUUCGCCGAUCUGCCGGGGAGACUGUCGCAUUUGCCGCACGAGGUGUCGAUAUUCACGGUGGAAGGCGUCUCCAUGCAACCUGAAGAGUGACCGCCGCGGUAGUUAGUUCCCUAUAGUCUACUCGCGGGCCGCACGGGGGUGAUGGCUGAUCAUGAUACCGUAGACAGGUAUAGAGAAUAGGUUAGAAAUACAGAAAUGACGUCACAUGUGUAACAGAUGCGGGAUUGUGACGUUGCGCUUCUGUAUUCGUUAGAAUAAUAUCAAGUUAGUAUAAAAAGAGACAGAUGUAUAGAAGUGUGACGUCACGUUUCUGUCAAUCGAGCCAUCAUAUUACAUAAGUAGACAAAAAUAGUAAAUUACGACGUCACUUAAAUCGGCAACUGUACCUUCAACUAUGAUGAUACAUCUACGAACGGAAGGUCGAUCGAAUAAUCUACAAGAUAUCAUAGGUUGAAGGUCGAAUGAGCUCCAAGAAUAAGGAGGUUGAAGGUCAAAUCUACAAGACUUUAUAGAGUAGAGUAAAGUAACUUUAAAGAGUAAAUUUUACUCUAUAAAGUUUUGUAGAUUCGACCUUCAACCUCUAAUUAAGUCUUAGGACCUCUGGUCGAAGCUCAAAUGAUCUCCAAGAAUCAAGAUCUUUGAGGUCUACGGUCGAUAGGACCUACCAAUAUUCGAAGGUCGAUAAGGUCGAUUGACCUACGAGGUCAAAGAUCGAAAGGUCGAUCGACCUGAGCCAUCACCCCGCCUAUCCCACGUCCAUCCGUCAACGCUUACGACAAAUGUUUAGCGCUUGUUAAGCUUCUAAUUGUAUCCAUCCAUGUAAUUCAAUUAUUGUAUGGCGACAAGGUAACGGUGUGUCGAAAGUGCAUCCGGGGGCGGCAACAUGUAUGCAUGAUUUUAAAUAAAAUGUAAUAUACAAAGUAUACUAGAAAAAUUGAAGCAAAAAUGGAAGGCAUAGAUAUACCAGAAGAAUAGUAAAUUUUGGUAUACUCCACUUGGGCUAACUUGCCGCUAGCGGUCAUUGACUGCCUGUCAAAAACUUGUCAUUUUCCAUAU